AUGUGGAUUCCAAAUGAGGACGUGUUUGUGUUCACCGCGCAAUUUCGAGCAGACCUUCGUCCGCUUCUGAUUGGUGAUAAUAUUCCCACCAAACGUCAGGUACUUCAAGUUGUGAUGAGCCUGUUUGAUCCGCUCGGGAUCAUUGCUAACUUUACAAUCCACGGGAAAAUCCUCAUUCAAGACUUGUGGAGGUCUGGAAUCGAGUGGGAUGAUCCCAUAAGAGACGCUGACUUCGCUAGCUGGAGGCGUUGGGUUAGAAUGACACAAGAUUUGGAUCGUGUGAAGAUUCCCAGAUGCUACUUUCCGGAAUACGAUCCGCGUAGCUACCAAUCUUUACAACUACAUGUGUUUGUAGAUGCGAGCGAGCUGGCAUAUUGUUGUGUUGCAUAUUUUCGGAUCGUCGAUGGUAACGGUUCUGGAAGGUGUUCUUUGGUAGCAUCUAAAGCUAAAGUAACUCCAUUACGACCGCAGACUAUCCCAAAAAAUGAACUAAACGCCGCCGUGAUGGGUGUACGUCUUUUCAAGACAAUAGCAGAUGCCCACAAUCUUCCAAUUCAGAAACGGUUUAUCUGGACCGAUUCGACCACUGUACUGUCCUGGCUCAGAGCGGACCCACGAAAGUACCGUCCUUACGUAGCAUUCAGGAUUGCAGAAAUACUCGACGAAACCAAAUUCGACGAGUGGCAAUGGGUUCCAACCCGUAUGAACAUCGCGGACGAGGCAACGAAAUGGGGUGGUGGGCCAAGUUUCGACCCCGGCAGCAGAUGGUUUUGCGGACCGGACUUCCUACUUCUUCCAGAGUCAGAAUGGCCAACGAGUAAAUUCAAUUUAGAAGAACCGACCGAGGAGCUACGGGUUGCCCAAGUGCACCGAGAAGUUCAGAUUCAAACACUUGUCACCUUUUCUGAUUUCUCUCGCUUGGAAGGCCUAUUGAAAAGAUUGGCCUAUAUUCAUCAUUUCGUGAACAAAUGUCGAUUGCAUAAACCAAAGUCAGUGCAAACCCGCAAUGUGAUGCUGAAUCGGGAAGAUUAUGUGGCGGCGGAGCGAAGCUUGUGGAGGAUGGUUCAGGCUGAAGCGUAUCCUGAUGAAAUAACAAUACUAAAAUUAAAUGCAAAUUUACCGUUAAAGCAGCAUAGGCAAUUGGCGAAUUCUAGUGCUCUGAAACGUUUGUCACCAUUUCUAGAUGAAGAUAGUAUUCUCCGACUGGAAAGUAGGAUCGAUCCAAAAGCCGCAUUCUAUAGUUUCGACUUCCGCAAUCCGGUGAUUUUACCCCGACAGAGUUAUGUGACGGAACUACUCAUCCUUCGCAUACAUCAGCGCUACGGUCAUGCCAACAAGGAGACGGUGUUGAAUGAGAUCAAGCAGAAAUUUUACGUGUCAAAGUUGAGAUCAUUGAUUAGUAGCGUGGUAAAAAAAUGCAUGUGGUGUCGCGUUUAUCGAGCCAGACCUGACGAACCAAGAAUGGCCCCUCUCCCUCAGGUCAGAGUGUGCCCCUAUGUACGUCCAUUCACCUUCACUGGUGUAGACUAUUUUGGACCGCUGAUAGUAAAGAAAGGAAGAACCAACGUCAAACGGUGGGUGGCAUUGUUUACCUGCCUCACGGUACGUGCCGUUCAUUUGGAGGUGGUGCAUUCGUUGUCUGCAGAGUCGUGUAAAAUGGCACUACGUCGAUUCAUUAAUAGGAGAGGAAACCCUCAGCAGAUAUUCAGUGACAACGGUACAAACUUUCGUGGCGCAGCGAGGGAGCUAGCCGAGGAAAUUAAAAUCAUUAACCGCAAAUUAGCGGACACAUUCACCAACGCGGAAACAGAAUGGCACUUCAAUCCACCAUCCGCCCCCCAUAUGGGCGGCGUAUGGGAACGAAAGGUUCGAUCCGUCAAAGAGGCGUUCAAAACGCUAUCACAUCCCGACAAGCUGGAUGAUGAAGGACUCACCACACUUUUUACUGAAAUAGAGAUGAUCGUUAACUCCCACCCUUUGACGUUUGUACCAUUGGAAACACCGGAGCAAGAAGUUUUAACGCCGAACAAAUUUCUACUUAUGAGCUCGACGGGGGACAACAAUCCAAGUAGAGUUCCAAUGCAGCAAACAACUACUCUGCGAAGUAAUUGGAAAUUGAUGCAAUAUCUACUAAACCAAUUUUGGUCACGAUGGAUCCAGGCUUACCUUCCAACCAUUGCUAGGCGAACAAAAUGGUUUUCGAACACAAAACCGUUACAGAUCGGUGAUCUUGUAAUCGUGGUCGACGAAUCAGUAAGAAACGGAUGGAUACGUGGCCGCGUGAUUAAGGCAUACCAGGGACCCGAUGGUCAGGUGCGUAAAGUGGAUGUUCAAACGAAUACGGGUAUUCUUCAACGACCAGCGAUCAAGGUGGCUCUCUUGGACGUGCUCGAAGAUAGUAAGGCCAACCAAUGAUAGGCAUUACGGGUCGGGGUGUUAAUAACCUUUCCAACAAGCCCCUCGUUCGCUGCAAUCACUGCUUCAUCUACUCGAUGCGGCGAGGCGUAGGUAUGCCGGAGCAAGUCGGCGCGUCGACGAAGACCGGAUAAUAAAUAGACAAAGCUAAUUGUAAACAAACGAAACAGAGAGGAAUCAUCUGGACCACAUUGUGCGAUAGGUUAUCUUUAGUAUAAUUGUUAAGAUAUAUCGGUAAAUCAAAUACCACUAAUCUCAAAUUGAGCAAAGGUCGAUUGUGGUACGAGCUACCUUAAUAUGUCGCAGAGGUUUGCUAUGUAGAGAGCAGGUUUGAAUUACUUAUCAUCUGAAAAUCAUCUCCAAGAGUGCAAUUGUCUACUUGAAGACAUCGAGAAGAAACUAAUUGUAUGUUAGUAUGACUUAACUGAAAUGUACCAUUGAAUUAAAUAAAUUUGAUUUCAGUUCGAGUCUCGCCAAAAACGGACUGCGAAAACUUCUACACGGAUUUUUUUACACGGUUUUUUUUUGCACGGAACGCAUCCCCCGUGCAAAAAAAGAAUUUGGUGUAUUGUUCUUGAUGAAGAAAUGCGAAUAACUUAUAAAGAGGUCGUAAUAAAACAGAAUAAUUGGGUUGUUAAAACAAAAUUUAAA